CUGGAAGCCAUCUGCACACAGGUGAGACGUGUCUUUAGCAAUGGCAAAGUUUUUUGCCCAGACCCAGAUUCAUGAAUUUAAAGAAUGUUUCUCCUUGUAUGACAAGAAGCGGAAGGGGAAAAUUGAAGCCAAGGACCUAAUCACUGUGAUGCGUUGUUUAGGCACCUGUCCCACCUACAAUGAGGUUACCCGGCAUCUGCAGGUCCAUAAGAUAGACAAGGCAGGGGAGUUGGAGUUCUCCACAUUCCUGACCAUAAUGCACAGGCAGAUGCAGCAGGAAGACCCCAAGACAGAGAUCUUGGAGGCUCUGCGCAUGACUGACAAGCAGAAGAAGGGCUACAUCCUGGCAUCGGAGCUGCGUGCCAAGCUCACAGGCCUGGGAGAGAAACUCACUGACAAAGAAGUGGACGCACUGUUUAAGGAGGCUCACGUUGGCCCUGAUGGUCGCAUUCAGUAUGAGGAGUUCACCAGAAUUGUCACCCUGCCUCCUGUGGACUACUGAGAGGCCAUGGCACGGGAAGAGGAUGUGGGCUUACAAUGUUGUACCGCUUAUUCUAUUUACUUGCUU